AGGAUCCGGGGCACCGCCCACCGCAGCCCCCACGGGCUGCCCUUGGACCUGCUGGACCGGCUGCUGAUCAUCGCCACGGCCCCCUACGGGGACAAGGAGACCCGGCAGAUCCUCAAGAUCCGGUGCGAGGAGGAGGACGUGGAGAUGUCGGAGGACGCCUACGCGGUGCUGACGCGCAUCGGGCUGGAGACGUCGCUGCGCUACGCGAUGCAGCUCAUCACUGCUGCCAGCCUGGUGGCCAGGAAACGCAAGGGCACGGAGGUGGGCGUGGAGGACAUCAAGCGCGUGUAUUCCCUGUUCCUGGACGAGUCGCGCUCCACCCAGUACAUGAGGGAAUACCAGGAGGCCUUUCUGUUCAACGAGCUCCGUGAGCACCUGGGGGGCACCUGGGGGCACC